GUGGGAUUACUGGCAAAACGCGUGGUCUUGCCCAGUCCUGGCGCCCGUCCGCCGCGCGUUGUUUUACUAUCACACAAGAUUCCACGUGAUACGGUCGUUUUGUGGCAAUUUAGUCGCGUUCGCGAUGCCGCUCGCUUUACCCAUUGGUAACCCGGUAAGGUCGUAAAACACACUGUGACAGUUUUAUUGCCAUUAGGCCACGCGACUUUCCGUCAAUGACAGUGCUGCGUUUUUAACGCCGGACAUGAGACUUUGGUGAUAUUUUUUCAGUGUUAAGACUAAAAUUUAUAAAAAAUGAGUUCUUAUCAAUUUGUGAAUUCGUUGGCUCAGUGCUAUGCUCAGCAAGGGCGCGCUGGAGAACAGCCCCAUCAAGCGGCUAGCCCCGGAGGUGAUUACUAUAACCCAAAUGCUGCUACUGCAGCGAAUUACCCUCCUGCGUGCUACUCACCUCCUCAAGUAGGUCCUCAGGGAUAUGCCGGGCAUCCGUAUGCGGCCCCAGCACCUGGACAUGGAUUACAACCCAUGGGAGAUUAUACUCAAUUGCAGCCCCAAAGAAUUCCCGGGGCUACUGCUGGUUCGCAUAUGCACCAUGCAAGCCCAGGAGGCCAGAGUCCCGGAAUGCUCAAUCCAUCAACUAGCUGCAAGUAUGCUGAUUCCACAUCUUCAGCUAGCGUAGCGAGUCCGCAGGAUUUAAGCACAAAUGCUCCUCCGAACAGAGCAACGCCACCGUUGUCAAAUGUGCAGCCCAGCAAUAACGGAAAUGCUACAAUAACUUCGAAUAAAUCAGGGUUAACAUCUCCAUUAUCUGUUAGUACAUCACCAGGAAUAAAACCAGCUUCGUCAACGGUUUCGCAAAAUUUAUCAUCACCUGCAUCUAGCACUAGCUCAACGUCUAGCAAUGAGCAGAAAGUUAAUACGAAUAACAACAACUCGAAAUCUGGAAGUCAGGGAAAUCCGCCGCAGAUUUAUCCUUGGAUGAAACGCGUACAUCUUGGACAAAGUACCGUGAACGCCAACGGAGAAACGAAACGGCAAAGAACUUCCUACACAAGAUACCAAACGUUAGAACUAGAAAAAGAAUUCCACUUUAAUAGAUACCUUACGAGGCGACGAAGGAUAGAAAUAGCCCACGCGUUAUGUCUGACAGAGAGGCAAAUAAAGAUCUGGUUCCAAAACAGACGAAUGAAGUGGAAGAAGGAACACAAGAUGGCCAGUAUGAAUAUCGUUCCUUAUCACAUGAGUCCUUAUGGACACCCUUAUCAAUUUGACUUGCAUCCCAGUCAAUUCGCUCAUCUUGCCACUUAGGAUUUUUAUUGUGAUAUUUCUCAUGUGUGAUCUUUGUUUUAUUAGACUUUCAUUUGGCAUCUCUUCAAGACGAAGGCUACGCAUUCCAUCAAGCAAUGGGGAUGGGAGGAAUGGGGCCCAUGCAACGCGGCCUUUAUGCUUGUGGAACCCCGUAUAGCUAGCCCUGGGCCGCCUAUAAUGGAGACUGCGGCCCUUCGUAAAAGGGCAAUAGGAAGGCACUCGGAUCCUAUAUGCAGUCUCAAAAUAUCGGUUCGGCUAAUAUUAACCUAAUACUGUUUAGGUAUUAACAUGUUUCAAAAUAUUGAUUUUGAUCUAGUUGUUAAAACCUAAAUAAUUUAAAACGAAAUUAAUAUUAAGAACCGAAACUUUUAUUUUACUUAUAAUCGUAAGUGUCAAAUAUAAACUUUUAAAGAUGACACUAAAAAUAUAGACACGUACUUUUAAUUUUUUGCGUUUGCAAACUGUUUUUUUACUACUUGUUAACUUGUUUUUAGUGAUUUUCUUAUUGGGUAUUUAUAUAUUAAUUAGGCUUUUUAUUAAAACAAUUAUUUAAGUUCAAAUAGUAAACGACCCUAUUUUAUUAAGUUAUGCGUUUAAAAUUUGUGUGCUCCCACCAACGUAAGAAAAAGCUUUUAUAUGUAAUACAAAAUUUUACUAGAUAAAUAAAUCUCAUGUCAUUGUUAGACUGUCAAUAUCAUGACUUCUAGGUUAAACGCUUAUUUCAGAGAAAAAGUACCUAAUUUUUUACAGGUUUUAUUUUGUAUAUACCCUUUGCAAUGUAUAAUAUUUGGUAAAACAAAGGAUCCUUAACUUUAUGGAUAAAAAUUGCAAAUGUGUGCAAUAUUUUACGACUGUUGUAAAU